CCCAGCUCAUAAAUUUGACUCAUCAGGCCUUUCUCCUCCAUGCGUGCCGGGUUGAAUUAGGCUGGGGAGACCAAUAUUCCCACAUCCAAGAGCCGCAGCGAAGGGACCCCAUGCAGCUGCAGCCCCGUUGGUGGGAUAUAUCCUUCUUGUCCUUCCUUCAUAAGUAUUAGUGAUGGAUGCUAUAUCGUGUCGUAUAUGUCGUUAAUUCUCGACUUCCAGCUCAAUGCAACAAUGGGAUGAUUCAGAAAAGAAAAGAACAGAAAAUUUUCAAAUCAUCCGAGGAGUUCACUCUCUAAAAGAUCCUCAUUCGUAUCGUGGCGUAUAUUUCUUCUCUUCCAUCUAGAUCCGUUUGAGCGCAGUUUUUUUCUUCCUCUCUUGCCUCUUCAACCCACCACUCUCUACACACAAAAAUGACCAACAUGAACUCCCUCUCCCAAGCACUGGAAAAAGUCCGUUUGGACAACAAAUCCACCACUGGCAAAACCGUCAAAGGCAAGCCCAUCAAGAAGCAACGUACGAAGAAACCCCCCAUCGAACCCUUCCGCUUCUUCGACCUUCCCUCCGAAAUCCGUCUACGCGUCUAUCACUUCGUGCUCUUCACCCCGAAACGCGGACGUAACCCGCGCCUAACAGGCAGCGUGGGCGCCUCGUCGAAGAAAAACCCUCCCAUCUCCCCCACAUCCCACCGAGUCGCGCUAUUCCUGACCUCAUGGCGCAUGCACGAUGAAGCCUCAGACUAUUUCUACUCCACCCAAGUAUUCCGUCUAUUCCACCUCCAGGACUACUCGCGUAUGCCAACCAUCCGGGCCAUACCCCCGCGGUACCGUCCCUCCAUCGCCACAGUCGAGUUGAUUCUCGGAUCGAGCUGGACAGCGCCACCGAGCGAAUGGACCAUCACACGCAGUCUGGGACUGGAGGAGAUGGAGCGGAUGCGCACGUUCAAAGUCUUCGUCGAAGUCGAUCCAUCGCAUCCGGUGUUCGAGGGGUUCCGCAUCUCAAAGGACUAUUAUACGGAUUUUGCGGGCGAUUUGCUCAAGGGUGUCCUGGAGAGGUUGCCGAAUCUGGAAUACGUGGAGUUUGAUGGCUGGCCAUCUGUACGGAAGAGCGGUGCUCUGAUGAAGAGACUGAUGCAUGAGGUCAGGUCGGCCGGGAUAAAGAUUGCGUGGGGCCCCGAACGGGGGUGGACGGAUUAUGAUGGGGAGGAGUUUAGUGAAGAUGCGUAUGGGGUUAUUGCGCAUGAGAAGAAAAUGCAAGAAAAGGCUCGUCGGAAGAAGGAGUUAGAGGAGGCGCAGGAAUUCGCCAGGUUGCAUGGCCUGCCGCCGCCGCCACUUCCGUUGUUCAAUCCGUACCUCGAUUAUUGAGAUGUGAUCAUGAUGUGAUGGGUUUGGGUCUUCAUUUGGCAUGAUAUGAUAUUGCGGCCUUGCGGGAGUUUAGAUCGGUUGCUUUCACUGGGAUUGCUUAUAUAGUUAGAUGCAC